AUGUUGGUGUCAUCACAAGUGGAAGGCCCUGAGGGAGAAGCCUCGAGUAAAAGGUCCAGAAUCUCGGAUCAACCAAUCAUAGGAUUUUCUGAAGAUGAUAAGUUAGGAACCAUUCAGCCACAUGACGAUGCUCUGAUGGUGACCUUGCGGAUAGCGGGGUAUGAUGUCAAAAGGGUGAUGAUUGACCAAGGCAAUGAGACUGAGAUAAUGUACACAGACCUGUUUAAAGGUCUAGGGCUCAAACCCGAAGAUUUGGACCAAUAUGACGCCCCGCUAAUUGGGUUUGAUGGGAACACCACUAUCCCUAAAGGAAGAAUCCGAUUGCCAGUUUUGACUGGGGACAGAAUAGUGAAUGUGGAUUUCAUAGUAAUGGAUGCCUUUUUGCCGUACACCACCAUCUUGGCCAGACUGUGGCUGCAUGCCAUGGGGGCGGUCGCAUCUACAUUGCAUGUUAAGGUGAAGUAUCUCACUAAUGGAGGGGUGGUAGUGAUUGAUCAUCACGUUACUGAGUUGAGUUCUUCUGAAAUGGUCCCAACGUUGUAG